UUAGCCACGCAUUUCUUCCAUUUAAUUCAAUAAAUGAUGUUGGUUAUAACAAGCUGCGUAGCUCCAAUUCAUCUUUGGAAUAAAACCGCAUGACUGUAUGUAACUUUACCAAGACUGAUUUAUUGGCAUCAGCUUUUAUACAAAGCUUGAAAUACUGUAACACAUCAAAUUUAAAAAUGCCUUAUUAAAAUUACAUGUUUAAACCAUAUCCAUUCUACUUUAAAGAACGGUGGCCUUCCAAUGGGGAAAUUAUAUGCUAUGAAAAAGACUAUUAAGGCUUAUAACCAGAGGAAAUGAAAACAAUUUGCCAGUCUGAAAGUGAAUGUGGUCACAAUCCAAAGAGGAGUGUGCAUGCUGGGUGGAAGUGACAAAAGGUGGCUUACUACCACUAUUAGCAACAACAGUUCCUCAGGAGUUUUCUGGGGAAAUUUUCAAAUGAAAGGUCACUCUAUUGUAUAAAAGAGUGUGCGGACAAUCGCUUUCCUUGCCAUUUACAUCAAACACAAGAUGAAUUUGAUUGGCUUCAGCCUUAUCUGUGCAUUUCUGCACGUGGGUUAUCAAAACCCACUGAGCUCCUGGAUGCUCCAACCUAACGUUCUGGUUGUGGAGGUAAAUGGUGCAUUGGGCCAACAAGCCCUCAAGUGCCUUCACUCAGCAGACAGAGUAAUAAAUGACGAUGACAAGGAUAUAAUGUGGAAGAAGAACGGUAAAGACGAGGCACAGAGGGGUAAUUCAUACCUGGUGAAGCUACAGGAGAGUUUAGGAAGAGGCAACUACAGCUGCCACAGCACAAACGGCUCUUUUCUCAAUCACACCAUCGUCCUUAUUCAAGAGAACAACAUGACGAGAAGGAAGAUUCUGGCAAAAACUGACCUGGAGGAUUAUUUGAAGUGCUCAACACAGAAUUUUGAGGGAGCAUUCCAAUGCUCUUGGAGCUGGCACAGGACUCGUGUUGGAGAAGUAGCACUUAUCAGAGCUGGACGAGGUAGAGAUGUUGAGUGCACUGUGGACAUCAGUGGUCAGCACUGGACGUGCUCCUCCGAUCAGAGUCAUCUCAGCUGCUCAGUGGACGGCACCGGAGACGGGAUCUCCUGUGUGGACAAGCUGCACUGCGCAUUUGCAGAGGAGAAACAGCGUAUCUUCUUCACAGUCUACGUGAAGACAAAGAAUUUCCUGGUUGAGAGCUACAACCAACACUUCUACCUGUCUGAAAUUGUGAAACCUGACAAAGUGAAGAUCAGGAGAGUCAACACAUCAAUGAUAGAAUUGACUUACCCGGGCUCCUGGAGCAGUCCCUACUCUUACUUCCCCCUCACUUUCCAGGUUUCACAGAGAAGACAUGGGUGUAAAAACUGUGACAAACCCUGCCAUGACUCAACGAGUACAAAGACCGUGAUGGUGAACUCCUCAAGCACUUGUCAGUUUGAGGUGGAGAACAAGUGGACUGUCUGUGUCCGAGCCAAGGAUGCCUUCUGCAACUCACAAUGGAGCGAAUGGAGUCAUCUCGAAAUGAGGAAGAAGAGGAAAAGAAAGGAAAGAAAACAAACCAACUGAGAAUGUAUGUAAUAAAUGUAAUGGAAGACCUGGACAUCUGAAGGAACAAUAUUUAUUA